AACAAAUAACAAACCAAACACUCUUUCUUUUUCUUCUUCAUCUUUUUCAAUAUUUUCUUCCUUCAACAACAAUGGCAACAACAACAAGAAAAAACAAAAAUUUCCUCUUCUUAGGUGGAAAAGACAGAAUUACCCCUCUCCCAUCAAGCACAAACACCCUCCAAUUCGAAUUUGAUGAAGCUGAAAUGUGGAGUAAUUCGGAAGAAAUUAAUAGUUUUGAACCCAAAUUAUCAAUACCAAGUUCAAGAUUUUCAAAGAAAACGACGAAAAAAGGCGAAAGAAAGGCGAGUAAUGCGACGUCGUUGCCUGUGAAUAUACCUGAUUGGUCAAAAAUAUUAGGUGAUGAGAAGGGUAAUUUGGGAAAAAAUAUUAUGUUUGAUGAUGAUGGAGAUUCUGAUAAUGAAAAUAGAAUUCCACCACAUGAGUAUUUAGCAAGAACAAGAGUUGCUUCAUUUUCAGUACAUGAAGGAAUUGGAAGGACAUUAAAAGGAAGAGAUUUAAGUAGAGUUAGAAAUGCUAUUUGGAAAAAAAUUGGUUUUGAAGAUUAGUUACUAAUAGUGAAAUUUGUUUUUUUUUUUUAAGGGGUAAUUAUGAAAAUACGGCGUUUUGAAUCAUA